CGAGCAGGGGGGAGGGCAGAGGGAGAAGCAGACUCCCCGCUGAGCAGGGAGCCCAAUGUGGGACUCAGCCCUUGGACCCUGGCAUCUUGACUUGAGCGGAAGGCAGAUGCGUAACUGACUGAGGCACCCAGGUGCCCAAACCCCGCAUAAAUAGCAAACACUUCCCAAUCUCUCCUCCUGGGCCUGGACAGCCACUAAGCUGCCUUCCGUAUCUGUGGACUUGUCUAGUGUGGACAUUUCAUGGAAAUGGAAUCACACGAUAUGUGGUCUUUUGUGACUGUCUCCUCUUACUUAGCACCACGGUUUCAAAGUUCGUCCAGAUUGUAUGCGCGCCACACCUUUCUAUGGCUGAAUAAUACUUCACGGUGUGGAUAGACCACAUUUGGCUUAUCCAUUCAUUGCUUAAUGGGCAUUUGCCUUGUCCCCACUUUUUGGCUAUUCUGAACCAUACUGCAGUGAACAUUUGUGUUUUUGUUUGGACAAAGGCUUUCAUUUCCCUUGGGUAGAUACCUAGGAGUGGAAUUGCUUGAUCCCUGACCUUUAUUUUAUUCUGUCCCUUUGGCCAGGGAUCCAGGAUCUUCUUCGCCCUGGGCAGGCCCAACUACCUCAUUCUUCGGGGCUCCUGGAGGAAGUCUGACCUCCAAGGCUGAGUUCGGUCUUCUGUGCCACCCUGCCUCCAACCUUUGCACUUUUCACAAUAAUACAACUACCUGGGUCAGAGAGACUGCCAGGAACUGCUGCCACUGCCACCAACCCCCAUGGCCUACAUCCCUAGUGGGGGCGCCCCAGCAGCGGGGGCAGCCCCCAUGGGCUCCCAGUAUUGCGUGUGCAAGGUGGAGCUGUCAGUGAGUGGCCAGAACCUGCUGGACCGGGACGUGACUUCCAAGUCUGACCCCUUCUGUGUCCUCUUUACAGAGAGCGAUGGCAGGUGGAUUGAGUAUGACAGGACGGAAACCGCGGUCAACAACCUCAACCCCGCGUUCUCCAAGAAGUUCGUCCUCGACUACCACUUUGAGGAGGUGCAGAAGCUCAAGUUCGCCCUGUUCGACCAGGACAAGUCCAGCACUCAGCUGGACGAGCAUGAUUUCCUGGGCCAGUUCUCCUGCAGCCUGGGCACGAUCGUCUCCAGCAAGAAGAUCACUCGGCCUCUCCUGCUGAUGAAUGACAAGCCUGCCGGGAAGGGCUUGAUUACGAUUGCCGCCCAGGAGCUGUCGGACAACCAGGUCAUCACACUGAGUCUGGCAGGCAGGAAGCUGGACAAGAAGGACCUUUUUGGAAAGUCAGACCCAUUUCUGGAGUUUUAUAAACCAGGAGAUGACGGCAAGUGGAUGCUGGUUCACAGGACUGAGGUGAUCAAGUACACGCUGGACCCCGUGUGGAAACCAUUCACGGUGCCAUUGGUGUCCCUGUGUGAUGGGGACAUGGAGAAGCCCAUCCAGGUCAUGUGCUACGACUAUGACAACGACGGGGGCCAUGACUUCAUCGGCGAGUUCCAGACCUCGGUGUCGCAGAUGCGUGAGGCUCGUGAUGGCGUCCCGCUGGAGUUUGAGUGCAUCAAUCCCAAGAAGCAAAGGAAGAAGAAGAACUAUAAAAACUCAGGCAUCAUUAUCCUGCGUUCCUGCAAGAUAAACCGGGACUACUCCUUCCUGGACUACAUCCUGGGAGGCUGCCAGCUCAUGUUCACCGUUGGGAUAGACUUCACAGCCUCCAAUGGGAAUCCCCUCGACCCUUCCUCUUUGCACUAUAUCAACCCCAUGGGCACCAAUGAGUAUCUGUCGGCCAUCUGGGCUGUCGGGCAGAUCAUCCAGGACUACGACAGUGAUAAGAUGUUUCCAGCUCUGGGCUUUGGGGCCCAGUUACCCCCAGACUGGAAGGUCUCCCAUGAGUUUGCCAUCAACUUCAAUCCCACCAACCCGUUCUGCUCAGGUGUGGAUGGUAUCGCCCAGGCAUACUCGGCUUGCCUGCCCCACAUCCGCUUCUACGGUCCCACCAACUUCUCCCCCAUCGUCAACCACGUGGCACGGUUUGCAGCCCAGGCCACGCAGCAGCAGACAGCCACGCAAUACUUCAUCCUCCUCAUCAUCACGGACGGCGUCAUCAGUGACAUGGAGGAGACGCGCCACGCCGUGGUGCAAGCUUCCAAGCUGCCCAUGUCCAUCAUCAUCGUGGGUGUGGGCAACGCUGACUUCGCCGCCAUGGAGUUCCUAGACGGGGACAGCCGCACACUGCGCUCGCACACAGGGGAGGAGGCGGCCCGUGACAUCGUGCAGUUCGUGCCCUUCCGAGAGUUCCGCAACGCAGCAAAAGAGACUUUGGCCAAAGCUGUGCUGGCGGAACUGCCCCAACAAGUCGUGCAGUAUUUCAAGCAUAAAAACCUGCCCCCCACCCACUCGGAGCCUGCCUGAGUGCCAGCCCGUGCCCAGCAGCAGCAUGCCAGCUGGGCCUCCCGCCCUCCCCAGGAACGUGCACGCUCACCCUGCUUCCUUGUGGGUGGCCUUGUUUUUAACCGAUCCACGUUUUUAUUUUUUACAACCGGACCUCCACCCCCCCUUCCCCCAGCCCAGCUGGGCUUCCUUUGUUGGAGUCGACGGAUGAUGCUUCCAGGCCAAACUGGCUUCCUCCCUACCCUUAAGUAUUGAAUGUACUUUGUAUAAUUUUAGUGGAAUUAUUGUUAUUAAAAAGAAAAUUUUUACAAUCCUACCUGGCUUUUUCCAAGUACCUAGCUGCAGACCCUGAAAGGAGCGUGUCCCCAGUGCACACUUUUUGUGUCGUUGCCUGCACCUACUUCCUGUUCUUUUUAUACUGUGACUGUGUUCUAUUUGUUAUACUCAGGGUAAUAAAGGAGUUUCCAAUGUC